UUCUUCCCUCCCUCCUUCUCCCCGUUUCCCUCCUUCUCCCUGUCUCCCUCCCGCCCUCCCUCCCGCCGUCUCCUGGCGACGCCCGGGACGCGGCGGCAGCGCCGGUCCGCCCGCCAUGAGCGCCCCGCAGCCCCGAUUUCUUGCAACCUACAACAGCCUUACAGACAAACACCUGGCUGGAUAUUUCAGCAAUGCCAGGAUAAGACAACACCUUCAGAGAUCAGGACUGAUCUCAAGAAGUGGAAGAAUAAUACCUGAGAAAGAAUACCGGCUCAAUGCCAUGAGGAGGGACCACCAGAGAUACGUCCAGGAGUGCCUGGCUCAUGCCAUAUUUCAUAAGGUCCUUGACAUGGAGCGUCAUCAUCAGCUGGAAAUAAAACGGAAACUUGAAUAUUCUGCAAAGAAGGAGAGGGUGCGGAAAAUCAAGGAGGAACAAUUCAGAAGAUCAGUGGAAGAUGCGAUCCCCAUGCAUUCUCCACAUCCACCACUCGGUCCAAGGAACCAUGAUGGGCUUCAUCCUUUAGUGACUGGAGAUCGAGCUGGUCGCUCACAAUGGAGAGCACCUGGACUUGUAGUUGAUUAUGGUGGUGGACAUUCUUCUCAUCAGCACCGACCCAAGGAGCCUGCACACUCUGAGGUGAGUUCCUGGCGACCAAAUACAGCUCCAGGAAAUGUGCAGCAGCCGUUUCGCCUCCAGCCCCUUCGCCGCCGGGCUGCAGCAGGGUCGCUACCAAAGGGUUCCCAACAGAAGUGCCAUGUACUGGAAUGGAAUCAGCAGUUUGCCCGUGGGGGGGAGAGAAGUGAGUUAAGGCUUCUGAAUUCAGUGGAGUACGUGACUGGUGUAUCCCCAUAUCAGCUGCCUGUCAUUAGCCCUUGUGUGGUGCCAGUGCCACCACCUCGCCGGCACAGAGGGGACAGGGGUGUCCCUGCAGGGAGAAGUGGGAUGCCCACAGGGAGACGGUUUCGUCCCACCACUGCAUCGAAUGAUACAAGGCAACUUUUAACAAAGAAUUCUGGAGGGUUCCCCAAAUCCCCAUUAUGCAGCAAUGCUGUUGUCACCAUGGCCUACAUAGGAAAGAGUUUGCCUUUGUCUCAUGAUGAUUACAGGGAUGAAAUCAAAGUCUAUCAGCAGCACUGUGGAGGAGAAAACCUUUGUGUCUACAGUGGCAAGCUUUUGGAAGGAGAGACCUUCCAGUUCAUCUCCAAGAGGCACCAUGGCUUCCCGUUCAGCCUCACCUUUUUUCUCAACGGGAUGCAAGUCCACAGGCUGAGCUGUUGCUGUGAAUACAAACAUCAGAGGCGUUCCCGGCUGCGAAGCAGAAACAGAUACUUCAGGUUUCUCAAUGUGGAGGGAGCAUCUCCUUGCUACAGGUGCAUUAUUGCGAUGGGCCUGGACAAAAAGCUAUCCCCUCCCAAGAGGAAGAUAGAGUACCGUGUGGAGAAGCAUGUGGGUUCCUGGGAAUGUACUCUGCACAGUGAGCCAAGUAACAGCAGUGUUGAGCAGAAAUCAGUGAAAAAUUCAAUGUUAGUCGUCUUACCAUCUCAUGAAGCAAGUGUGGAAACUGUUGAGGAAAAUGUGGAGACUGCAGAGGAGUACAGAGAAGAAGAAAUGACAAACCAAUCUGGUCAUGAGAGUGAAGAUAGUCAGGAAGACAUCAGUAAAAAUGGGUAUGAUGAAGAUUUUGAAGCAGAUGAAGAAGUUAAUGAAGAGGGACAGACUGCUGAUCAAACAAAUGGAAUGUCAGAGUCAUCCUCAGAUGAUAAAAACCAUAAUUUAGACUAUGGAAAGGAGAGUGGAACCUCAUCGCAGAAGGCACUCCAGGCCUCUGACAGUGAGAAAGAUGAAAGUGAUGGAUAUUCUGACAGGGACUCUGAGAAUAAUCAACAAGAGAGGAGACCUGCAGACUCUCUCUCAUCCAUCAGCACUCAGUGCAGCGCUGAGGGUGACUCUCAUGCUGAAACAAUGACGGACGAUGGCAAUGAGGAGUGUGAUAUCAAAAGGGCAUCUGAUAGCACAGCACAUGCACAGUAUGGAAAUGGGAAUGGGGAGAAUAAACUGCUGAGAAGGGAGGAGAAUCAGGAGACUUCUGCACUGGAAAACAAAGAAAUAGAUGGAGCAGGAAAGGCAAAACCAGAAGAUCUACCAGCAAGGGAAGAUACUGGAGUUUUUCAUGAAAAUAUAAUGGCAAUGCAGCAUCAAAGUCCUGAAGUUAACGGGGAACUCAAACGGACUGGGUCAGGAGAAAGUAGCAUGAAUGAUGAGGACGAAUGUCUUCCAGUGCCUUGGGAAACCAGGAUGUUGAACGUAGAGGAUGGCAACGAAGAGUCUCCUCAGAGUGAGGAAGGAGGGGUUUUUGAAGAUUGCAAACCAGAUGAGGAGGAAAUGGCAAAGGCAACUGGAAAUGAUCAUCCUGUGAAUUCUGACCCUGAACCUGGUGAUUCCCACGCCGGUGAGGAAGCAGAGAACCCAGCAAGUACAGAGCAUGAUGCCAGUGAAGGACCAGAUGGAAGUUUCUCGGCAGAAGGGAGGAGAAGCCUUGAUGUGCAGAAGGCAGCAGGACAAGAAGUACAAGAAGGGCAGGUGGCAGGCCAGAGACAAGCCCGGGAGCAGGAUGGUGCUGCCACGGGAAGAGAUGCUGGCAGCAAAGAGUCUGGAGGAGAAGGGAUACGGGAGAGGGAUUUACUGCCCCAGGAAGAGACAGGGUCUGCGCUGGAGGAAUCCACACCUGAGGAAGGCACUGUGGCAGAGGAACAUCCAAAAGGGAAGGGGACAGAAGAGAGAGUGGAGUCGAGCACAGAGGUGUCACCUGGGGAGCAGGAGGUGCUGGUGGAGGGGACGGAGAUCAAGGCAGCACUAGGAGAGCUGGCACCUGGGGUAGAGGGGCCAGCUGGGGCACUGCCAGGCUGGGAGACAGACAGAGCCGUGUCCGAGGGGCAGGAGGGGGAUGGGGGGGUCCCUGAGGAGGAGGCUGUGGAGAAAGGCCCCGAGGGAGUGGCAGGGCCACCAGCAGAGGAGGAGGUAGGUGAGGCAGUGCCAGAGGCAGGGGAGUCGGUGUGGGAGGGAGGGUCCACAGGGAAAGGUGCUGUGGUUGGUGCUGUGGCAGAUGGAGAGGAGGCUGUGGAGGAUGCUGACCUGGCAGGAGAAGGUAUUGCCGGGGUUGUUUGCCCUGAAGAAGGGGCUGUUGAGGAAGACAGUUCUGAAGGGCAGGAGGCAGUGGAGAAGCCUGGGGCUCUCCUGGAAGCAUUAGGGGAUAUGGAAACAGGAGAAGCAAUGCCUGGAGGGGAAGGGUUUGUAAAGCCAGAUAAGUUUUCCCAGCUGAAAGCAUUAGAGGAAGAGUGGAUGGAGAUGGGGAAGGCUGCCACAGGAGCAGCAGCAUCUGAACGUGGCCAGGUAUGCAGGGUAGGAGGGAACGUUCUCCAAAGAGUGGAGGACAUGAUGGAGGUGUCAGUGGAGCCUGGCAAGGGUACUGUGCUGGAAGUGGCACCUGGGUUAGGGCCACUGGGGGGUGCUGGGGACGAUCCCAUCAGUGAAGGGUCAUCUCAGGUAGAGGAGACCCCGGCAGUGCAGGAGAAGGAGGGUGCAGUGGAAGCACUUCGGAGUGGAAACCCAUCUGUGGGCAGCAAAGCAGAGACAGAGAGAGCCAUGGAAGGAAAACCCAAUGGAGGGGUGGCGGGAGGGUCUGCAGAGGCGUCCACCCAGGGGUUAGGAGGUGGAGAGGAGGCCACAGGUGGAGCAGCAGGUCCAAGGGAGCCAACAACUGGGAUGGAGGGGUGGCUGAGGUAUGGAAAAGAGAGAGGAAAGGGGAGGCCUUCUGGGGAGGGGGUAGUGGGUGAUGCAGCAGUGCCAGCCCUGGGGUUGGACGUGAGCCAGGCAGGGGAGCCCAGGCUGGUGGCCAUUGCUGUGAUGGGUGGCCAGGCUGGGCGAGGGGCUCUGGCCGAGGAACUGGCCAGGGAGCCAGCGCUGGCUGAGGUGGUGGUGGCAGUGGCUGGGGAUGGC